CCUCUGCUAGGUGCAAUGCGCGGCCUCGUCGUGCCGCUGCUACUGGCGCAGCUCGCUACGGCGGCGGCGAACAUCGCCUUGGCCGGCUGCGACAGCAAGUGCGGCGAUGUCGACGUGCCUUACCCGUUCGGCACCACGUACGGCUGCCACCGGACGGGCUUCAAGGUCACCUGCGACCGCGGGUACCAGCCGCCAAGGCUCUUCCUCCAGAGCGACGGCCCGGAGGUGCUGGCGAUCUCCGUCCGCGCCACGGCGUGAUCCUUCGCCGCCGGCAACGCCAGCGACGUCAGGGUCAGGGUCCUCCCCGCCAAACUCCGGCCGUACGUGCUCUCCGCCGCGCGGAACAGCUUCGUCCUCGUCGGCUGCGGCUUCCAGGCCGCCGCGCGGGCGGCGGCGACGCCGCUGCGGCAAGGAGCCGCAGCCGCCACGUUCGGCUCGUGCGCGCCGUCAUGUCCCGCCGCCGACGAGCAGCAGAAGCUCCGGCGUGGCUCGUGCCACGGCGUCGGCUGCUGCGAGUCGCCCAUACCGACGGGUCUCAAGUCCUUCCGCAUCCGGUUCUCCUGGCCGGAGCAGAACGCCACGGCACGGCCGCCGUGGGUGGCGCCCGGCGCGAGCGCGCUCACGGUGGAGCAGGAGUGGUGGCGCGACAGGGACAACGUGUUCGCCGUCAAGAUGUCGCUCCUCUCCUCCGGGAACGCGGCCGGGCUGGUGAUCCCGGCCGUCCUGGACUGGACGCUCAACAAGUCGUCGUGCGCGGCAGCGGCGAAGCGGUCGUACUUCGGCUGCGUGAACGCCUGAGUCAGCAAGAACAGCGAGUGCCUCAACUCCACGAGCAGCGCCUACGGCUAUGUCUGCCGGUGCGGCGACGGCUACGAUGGCAACCCAUACGUGUCAGAUGGGUGCCAGGG